GGCCCCGAGGGCGCAGCAGGCAGCUGGACGGUGACCCAGAGGCCCAGGCAGUGUCCCUGCGGUCCCGCUCCUCUAGGACCCGAGCUGGUUGCAGACCUGGGGCCGCAGGAGCCUCCGCAUGCUGCGGCGCAGUUAGGGAGAUGCUGCAGGAUAAGGGCCUGUCCGAGAGCGAGGAGGCCUUCAGGGCCCCGGGCCCAGCUCUCGGGGAAACCAGCAACAGCAACAACACCAACGCCCCCGAACCCGCGCUGGCCACGCCGGGUCUUAGUGGAACAGCGCUCAGCAGCCCCCCGGGCCAGGGCGCCGACGUCGCCGCAGCCGCAGCCGCCGCCGCCGCCGAGCAGACCAUCGAGAACAUCAAGGUGGGGCUGCAUGAGAAGGAGCUGUGGAAGAAGUUCCACGAGGCAGGCACGGAGAUGAUCAUCACCAAGGCCGGCAGGAGAAUGUUCCCCAGCUACAAGGUAAAAGUCACAGGCAUGAACCCCAAGACCAAGUACAUACUACUCAUCGACAUUGUCCCUGCGGAUGACCAUCGCUACAAGUUCUGUGACAACAAAUGGAUGGUUGCUGGGAAGGCCGAGCCAGCCAUGCCAGGGAGGCUCUAUGUCCACCCGGAUUCUCCUGCCACCGGGGCCCACUGGAUGCGGCAGUUGGUCUCUUUCCAGAAGCUGAAGCUGACGAACAACCACCUGGACCCCUUUGGCCACAUCAUCCUCAACUCCAUGCAUAAGUACCAACCUCGGCUGCACAUCGUUAAGGCCGAUGAGAACAAUGCUUUUGGCUCCAAAAACACAGCCUUUUGCACCCACGUGUUCCCAGAGACCUCCUUCAUCUCCGUGACCUCCUACCAGAACCACAAGAUCACACAGCUGAAAAUCGAGAACAACCCUUUUGCCAAGGGAUUCCGGGGCAGCGACGACAGUGACCUGCGCGUGGCCCGGUUACAGAGCAAGGAGUAUCCAGUGAUCUCCAAAAGCAUCAUGAGGCAGAGGCUCGUUUCCAGCCAACUCUCGGCUAAGCCGGAUGUCAGCCCCCUGCACAGCACACACCAGGCUCUGCAGCACUACCAGUAUGAGAAUGGGGCCCACAUGCAGUUUGCUGCUGCAGAGCCCCAGGACCUGCCCCUCAACACCUUCCCAACGCAGAGGGACUCUAGCCUCUUCUACCAUUGCCUGAAGCGGAGAGAUAGUGCCCGCCACCUGGACUUGCCCUGCAAGCGAUCCUACCUGGAAACUCCCUCUUCAGUGGGGGACGAUCACUAUUUCCGUUCUCCCCCUCCCUACGACCAGCAGAUGCUGAGCCCUUCCUAUUGCAGUGAGGUGACACCCAGAGAAGCCUGUAUGUACUCAAGUUCAGGGCCUGAGAUCGCAGGGGUGUCCUCCGUGGACGACUUGCCCCCACCUCCACUGAGCUGUAACAUGUGGACGUCGGUGUCACCAUACACCAGCUACAGCGUUCAGACCAUGGAGACUGUGCCUUACCAGCCCUUCCCCACACACUUCACCGCUACCACGAUGAUGCCUCGGCUGCCCAUUGCCGCCCAGAGUGCCCAGCCACCAGGAAACGCCCACUUUAGUGUGUACAAUCAGCUAUCCCAGUCUCAGGUCCGAGAGCGGGGGCCCUCUGCUUCUUUCCCUAGAGAGCGUGGCCUCCCUGCGGUGUGUGAGAGGAAGCCACCCUCACCUCACCUGAACACUGCCAACGAGUUCCUCUACUCACAGAGCUUCUCUUUGACCCGAGAGUCAUCCUUACAGUAUCAUUCAGGAAUGGGGACUGUGGAGAACUGGACUGACGGAUGACAUGACUACCUUUAUCCUUGACAGCCCCAGGACCAUGUCAACCCAGUACUAGCUUCUGUGGGUGGCCGGCACUGCCAAGAAACAUGGAAAGGUAUUUCAGAAAGGGUGUGUGUGUGUGUGUGUGUGUGUGUGUGUGUGUGUGUGUGUGUGUGCAUAUGUGUGUGUGUUUGCUUGAACUUCUACACACAUAUAUGUGGUUGGAGAGCAUCUGUCUUCUUAUAUGCAGCUAAGGCCAAAACAAGAAAAAUGCAACUAUCUAAGAAGUAAUUUUGGCUGCAGGAGCUGUGUCCACUGUUCUGUGGCACCUCUUGACAAGCCCUGGGUGGGAUAGAAGUGGAGGACUCAGGAGUCACCUAGAGCUUUCUGCAAUAUACUCUGAUUUUACUCAGGGGCCAAGUGAGAUCUCUGGCGCAGGUCGGGCCUUUCUCUUCUCUUGGGUGUCCAUGCUUACCAUAGAGUUCCUGGCCUUCCACCUGCAAGGGAAGCUGCCACUUUUGGGGACAGAAGCACCCGCUUCCCUUAGCUUCUGGAGAUUGUGUGAGACUACCUGAGUCUGAGAGCCCUUGGAGAGAGUGGAGUCGGCCUGGACUUAGGGUCCGAAGCAUGACUUUGGAAAAGAGUCAUGCGCUAAAUGUCACCGCCUGGUGCUUGUUUUUCCUCCAAGAGGAGGGGAAAAUGUCACCAUCGGUAUCUCUGUAAUUAUUCAAGUUUUAUCAUAAAGUACAGAGUCCCUCCCCUCCCAGUCCCAGCAUGGGGCCUCUCAGCCUGUGAGACACCAUCUGCAUCCAAUGAUGGGCAGUCAAACACACCUUACCUGGCAAUGUCCCUCGGAGAUCUCACCGGACUGAUGUUACACGUCGGUUGGACUGGUUCUGCUCCCAGAAAAUCUACACACAUCCCCGGAGCAAGGAUGCCGGCAGAAGGAAAUGGGACAGCUGAGAGAAAGUUCUUCAGUAUUCAAGCUCAGAGGAGCAUAUCAUUCCUUCAGAGUGGGAGAGGACAGUACAUACUCCUUGGUCCAUUAGCAUCACAUGUCGCCAGAACGUCAGGGUGGCCGGUAUGAACCCUAAGUCAGAAUUUGGAAAUCACUAAACUCUUUGCAUGCUGAAUAGCUAUUUAUAUAUUAUAUAAAUAAAUAUAUAAAUAAAUAUAUCUCACAAAUGCGGGCCACAUGUCAAGUUCAGCUUUGCUUGUUAUAAAUAAACUUACUGAAAACAAAUGCUGAAGGAGGUAUUUGGAAAGACAUCUAUUUAAAUUUUUAUUACAGUUGAAGUUAAAGAUAAAACAUAUAUAUAUAUAUUAUAAAUGCACACUGCAGAUAAAGCUUUAUUAGAAAACACAUUAGCUGACAGGCGGUAUGAAACUUCAAGUGUUUUUGAUAUAUAGCAUGGACAUUUUAUUUUGCAUAUUGGAACAUAAAGCCAUCUUACAACUG